AUGGGUGUUUUUUUGCGUCGCGACAACAUCAAUCUCAUCACGAAUCAUCGACGAUCAAUGGGACAGCGGCAGGCGAAGCAACACAUGCAGGUGAGCACACUUUCUCCCUCCUCAUUCUCACUCAAAAAGUUUACCGUUUCUGUUAGUUGACAAAAUUGGUUGUCUUCUAUUUUCAAGGUUCUUCGGUAAUAAUUCGUAUUUCUUUGAGUUUACAAGUUUACCGCACGACACGGUGCGUUUUGGAUAUUUCUAAUCUAGUAUGUACUGUAAUGGGGCUAUUCAGCGUAUGUUUGUUUUCCGUUUUUUUUUUCAUUUUUUUACAUCGCUGAAUUGAAUUUUUUGACGUAAAAAAACGAAAAAAAUGGAAAAAAAAACGAAAAAAAUGGAAAAAAAAACGAAAAAAAUGGAAAAAAAAACGAAAAAAAUGGAAAAAAAACGAAAAAAAUGGAAAAAAAACGAAAAAAAUGGAAAAAAAAAUAUUUUUUUCACAGCCUGAAUAACCCCAUAAUCGUUCCAACCAUUCCCGUUUCAUGAAGUUUACGAGUUCAUCUCACAAUUGAGCAGAAACAAUUGAAAUUCGGAAGGAAUUUUUGCUUCUCUUAUUAGUCACGGACCUAUUCAGUCCAGUAAAAUACUGGUAUUUUACGCAAAAAACCCUAUUCAAAUGAGCAAAAAAACCCCGGGAGAAGAGGUUUUUUUUUGCUGUGUGGAAACCCUGUUCGUUGCGAGACCCGUGCUAAUAGAGACAUGAGCCUUUAAACACAACCGGGCGGUUAUUUAAAUUGUUUAAAGGCUCAUGCCUUUAUUUAGCACGGAUCUCGCAACGAACUGGUUUUUUGCGUAAAAAAACAGUAAAAUACUCGACUGAAUAGAUCCAUCAGUUAUUCGUAUAAUUGGAAUGCUUUCUUAUUGCAGGCUGGCGUCAAACUCUAUCAUCAACGACAUUAUGCUCAGGCGAUCAACAAGUGGAGACAGUCUCUGAAUAGGUUGAAGUAAGCCCCCUCCCCGCCUUUUCCAACCCUACAAUAUCUCAUUUUCAGUAAUGCCGAGGACCGUUUCAUCACACUCGGAUACCUGGCGCAGGCGCUUUGCGAUCAGGGCGAAUACGAGGGAAUGCUCUCGUACGCACUGUCCCAAAUGCAACUGGCCACCGAUCAGAACGACUCGGCGAUGAAGUGCGAGGCGUUUUUGAAUCUGGCCAAGGCGUACGAACGACUCGCCGACUUCACAAAGGCUUUGCAGUACGGAAAAGCGUCGCUCGAGCAUCCGUCGAUGGAUCCGAGGACUCCUGGAUAUGCGAAUUUGAGUAGGAACACACGGAGCUGGAUGAUAUCUGACGGGAAAACGAAUGAAUUUCAGCGAUAGCCCUUGCCCAUCUCGGAAUGUCGCAGUUUCAACAGUGCCUCGAGAGCUUCGAGUCGGCGAUGAACGUGGCCAACGAGACUUCGGAUCGGCUGCUCGAAUUGCAGAUUUGUGUCGGACUCGGCUCGCUUUUCACCCUUUUACGGUCAGUUUUUCACGGCUUUCAACCAGAAACACUCGUUCAUGACACGCAAAAGGAUCGAAGAAAACGAAUGGAGUACAAUAACUACGAAGCAGAUUGACUAAGUAUUUUGAUAGAAGUUUAUAAAUUUUGAGGACAUUUUGAAACUGUCAACUGCCAACUUUCAAAAAAAAAAGAAGAAGCAUUCGUCGCGGUUUCACAUUGUCUCAAUAUUUGGACCGUUUGGAGAAUUCGAUAAUUUACAAACCUUUCAAUAUAGUUUCAUUUUCGUACAAUUCCCCCAUUUCAGAGACAUCACAAAAGCGCUGAUCUUUCUGCGAAACGCGCUGGCCAUCGUCCAAUCCGUGACGGUGGACGACGUGCACGCCAAGUACCGCUGUCUCAUUCUCUACCAUUUAUCCGUGGCGCUCCGCAUGAAAGGAUCGUUGGUGGACGCGAAGGAAGCGUGCGACGAGGCCUCGCAACUCGCCGUCGAGAUGGGAAAUCGGGCGAUCCACGCGCGGUGCAUGUGCAGUUUGGCGGAUAUCUAUCGCGAAUUGGGAGAGAGCGAGGCCAAGGAGACGAUUACGGUAACGGUUACGGCUGCGGGAACGGCUACUGUACGUACGUGAGUGUUUUAGAAGUCGUGGGCGAGGUACGAGGACGCCUACCGAGUGAUGCGCGGAGCCAACGACAAAAUGGGCGAGGUACGGUAAUUGUCAUAACUGCCGGAAGCCAUAAAACCGACUUUUAUGGCCCGUGAAUGGAGCCGAGCAAUUGGCUCAGGACUCGGAGAGCUCCGAACGAGAAGGAAAAGGGAACUAACUUUUGCAGGUGCUCGUGCUCUCUUCAAUGGCCAAAAGCGCAUCGGAAUCGCGAUCCCAUUACACCGGACAAUGCGAAUGUCAGGCGAUUCAGCUGAACAAAAAGUGCAUCGAGAUUGCCAAUCAAAUCGGCUGCAAAGUACCGCACCCGAGAUCCUGUACACCUUUAGCGGUCAUGUUUUCAGCACGUGGUUCUGAAAUGUCACUUGCGGCUCGCGGAGCUCUACUCGCAGCUCAACGACGACGAUUCGGAGGAGACGGCGAGACGGGCGGCCUCGCGGCUCACACAGGAAAUGCAACUGUUCUGCAACUUUUGCGGACAGCGAUACGGACUCAAGGACGAGAGUUUACAGGCCCUCCGGUGCUCGCAUAUCUUCCAUGAAAAGUUGGAAACUUACAUGCAUCUAAAACAUGGAAGAGUACGGAUUUCAGGUGUCUACACACGUACUUGCUGCAGAGAACUGACCAAAAUUGUCCGAAAUGUCGGUGUAGAGCUGUUCUAUCGGACAAUAUCUCGAUUCGCAGUUCGAUCGCUUCGACGGCAGACGUGCAAAGUCCGAGCAGUGAGUUUUUCGGUUUCUUUGAGGACUUAGGCUCUUAAACAUUUUUUUUUUGGGUAAUCAUUAUGUCUAGUACAACGUCUUACUAGUUGACAUCUUUUUUUGACUAUUGUAUUGCUCGGAAGUUAGCUAUCCACAAAUACUGUAACACUGUUCUCUCAAGACGAUGCAUCUCAGCUGUCUGUAGAGAAAUCAAGAUGUUGUCAACUGACAAAAUGUACAAAAUGUUGAUAACUUUUUGAUUUCCUCACCGGCAACUGAGAUACAUCGUGUUGAAGUCAGUUUUCUGAAAUUUUAUGUUUCAAGUACUUGACUUGAGCUGAUCUUUUUAUUGCUUUGCACUAAUAUAGGCCGAGCUUCUUUUCAAUAUCGCUUUCCUUUACAUAAAUCAUAUUUCUUGGGGUGUCUUUCUAUUACAGUAUUUCCAAGCACUACAAGAGCUCUUCGAGUGGUCGUACAAAGAAUUUGUCAACUAGUAAACUAAGAAACGUUCUAAACCCUCUCCUUACAGCUUCUUUCGCUCCUCCGGGCGGUGUUCCCACUCCGCUCGUCUCCGCGGCCGCCGAACUCGGAGACAUCACCCCAACGGCCACGUUAACCCGUCGGAAUCCGGCCCAAACCGACCGAAUCCUGCGUGGCGCCGAAAAAGACAUUGAUCGAGUGGAUCGGAGUCUGGCCCGACUCAAAUCCCAGCAAUCGUCAGUUGCCGUGACGUCAUCCGACGGUGCCACGGAGGUCAUGACGACUUCUUCGGCGUCGUCGGCGGCUUCUCAGCAGACUGUGGCCCAGGCGAACCACAAACCGCCGCCGCCGCCCCGAAAACCAUGUUGCUCACAGGUAAGAGAUGUACUCGGACUACCGUAAUCUACCGUAAUCUGUGCUCAGGCUGCUCUGCCGCCCUCUUCGAUUGUGGCCCUUCCGCCGGCGAUGCCGCUCGCCGAGGACGGUCCCUUGGUGAUCACGCACACGCCCACAGUUACCGAUGUCUGA